CAUCGUCACUACCAUCCACUGAGCAGCUGCGACUCGUUUGAGGCCCUCAAGUGGGCGGCUGCUGGUUUUUCGCUUCUUCACUCCAUUCUUCAGCCUCCCCCUUCGGCCGAUCGCCCAUGAUGUGGGCAGCGGCUCUGGUCAUUUUGCAUUGCAUCGCACUCCCCUUCACUCUCCUCUCCCUUACUCCAACCUCCUUCCUGCUCCGAAUCCUCGCUCAUGGCCCUCUUCCUAAGCACGUUGCCUUCAUCAUGGACGGCAAUCGACGCUGGGCUCGAUCUCUACCCUCUCGCUUGCCUUCAACUUCGGUCGUCUCUGGCCACCAAUCAGGCUUCCAAGCCCUCAAGCGUGUCCUGGACCUCUGCCUGCAGCUACGCGGCAUCGAGCACGUUACCGUCUACGCAUUUGCGAUCGAUAAUUUCAAGCGAAAGAGAGAAGAAGUGGACGAGCUUAUGGCUCUUGCGAGGCAGAGCUUGAUUGAGCUAGCAGGUCAUGGGGAGCUGCUUGCGCGACAUCAGGCUAGGCUCAAGGUCGUGGGAAGGACUGAGCUGCUGCCAAAGGAUGUGCAGGAUGCGGUGAGGAGGGUGGAAGAUAUGACGCGAGAUAACAUCGGUCCUACGCUCAACAUCUGCAUACCCUAUUCCUCGCGCGACGAGAUGGCCGGCGCGCUCCAGACCUGCGCUCGAAACCACGCCGCCUCGCAGAAUGGGAUCACAGCUAACGGCGGACCCCACGCCAAUGGCAACCAGACCAAUGCUAUGAUGCUAGCCCACUCUCCUCCGCUCGACAUCCUCGUCCGGACAUCAGGCGUGCAUCGCCUCUCGGACUUCAUGCUCUGGCAGAUCACGCCAGAGACGACAAUCCACUUCGUGCCCACAUACUGGCCCGCCUUUGGACUUUGGGAUCUGCUACCCAUCGUGCUGCAAUGGCAGGCGAUGCACUUUCACAAGUGGUGGCGCGACGGAGGCGCGCAUCAGGCGGGGAAGGAGGCGACAUAG